UGUUAAAUGGGAGUCUACACUCAACUGCCACCAUUUAAAAUGCCUCUGAUUAACCCCAAAUAAAUCUCACUUGCUCAAGUAGGCCUUUUCUCCCCUUUUUCUAGUGACAUCUUGCAACACAACCCACGGGCCGCUGAGAAUGUCCGCAGCAUAAGAGGCGUCUCAUUGUUCAGAAGAAGGGAACCAUCCAUCCAUCCAUCCAUUUUCUGAGCCGCUUCUCCUCACUAGGGUCGCGGGCGUGCUGGAGCCUAUCCCAGCUGUCAUCGGGCAGGAGGCGGGGCACACCCUGAACUGGUUGCCAGCCAAUCGCAGGGCAAACUCCCCACAGGCGGGGCCGGGGAUUGAACCCGGGUCCUCAGAACUGUGAGGCUGACGCUCUAACCAGUUGUCCACCGUGCUGGCAGAAGGGAACCAAAAAAUCCAAAAGCAUCAAUAAUCCGGUGGCAUUGCUGACAAGAGCAAUCAAUCCCCGUGGAGUCUAAUGCACUUUCCCAGCCUUCUCUGCCACACCUUCAUGCACUCCUGAAAGGACUCUUCCGGAAUCUUGACGUCAUCCACGUCUUCCAAAGCGGUCCCCUUGAAGACCCCUUUGAAUUUAAGAAAGAGGACAAAAAUCACACAGCGUCAGAUCGGUCAAUCUGCACCAUACUGUGCAACAGUAUGAGUGGCCCAACUUGGGAGUUUUUGGAGCUACAAGCCAUCGCUUGGUGCUGCCAGCCAAAAUUACAGGCACAAGAGAGCUUCAGGUCAUUUCCCAGAUGAUGAUCUUCAUGAUCAGUAUUGUCAGCACGGUGUUCUGUGGGCAUCUGGGGAAAACAGAACUUGCAGCUGUGUCAUUAUCAAUUGCCGUGGUUAAUGUGACUGGUCUUUCCAUUGGGACUGGAUUGUCAUUAACUUGUGAUACCCUCAUUUCUCAGACCUUUGGGAGCGGAAACCUGAAGCGUGUGGGGGUGAUCCUCCAGAGGGGGGUUCUGAUUCUACUGCUGGCUUGUUUCCCCUGCUGGGCUGUUCUCAUCAACACUGAACCGCUUCUACUCAUUGCCAAACAGAGCCCAGAGGUGGCCAGUCUGUCGCAACUUUAUGUGAAGAUCGCCAUGCCUUCUCUGCCGGCAGCAUUCAUGUACCAACUGCAAGGGAGAUAUCUUCAAAAUCAGGGAAUUAUUUGGCCACAGGUCAUAACUGGUGUAAUUGGAAACAUCUUAAAUGCAUUAAUCAAUUAUGUCUUCCUCCAUCUUCUGCAUUUGGGAGUUGCUGGCUCUGCUGCAGCGAAUUCAAUCUCACAGUACGUGUUGGCUGUGGUCUUAUUUGUUUAUAUUAACCUGAAGGGGUUGCACAAGGCCACAUGGGGAGGCUGGUCACUAGACUGUUUAAAAGAGUGGGGACCCUUUAUCAAGCUGGCCAUCCCGAGCAUGCUCAUGCUUUGUCUGGAGUGGUGGCUGUUUGAAGUGGGAGGAUUCAUUGCUGGUAUAAUUAGUGAAGCUGAGCUGGGAGCCCAGUCCAUUGCAUAUCAGCUGACAGUUAUAGCUUACAUGUUCCCACUUGGAAUUUCUGCUGCUGCUAGUGUUCGAGUAGGGAAUGCUCUUGGUGCAGGAAACACUGAGCAAGCUAAGAUAUCUAGCAAAGUUUCCAUCAUCUGUGCAUUCAUAGUGGCCUGUUUUGUUGGAACAAGCAUCACCCUUUCCAGGAAUGUAAUCGGCUACAUUUUCACCACAGAAAAAGACAUUUUGGGAAGGGCUGCUGAUGUCUUGAUUGUUUUCGUCUUCAUGCAUCUUUCUGAUGCUGUCGCGGGUGUCAGUGGAGGUGUCAUCCGAGGGGUUGGAAGACCAAAGGUCGGUGCUCUGUGUAACCUGGUGGGACACUACUUCAUUGGCUUUCCCAUUGGUGUGUCCUUAACCUUUGCAGCACAAAUGGGCAUCGUUGGACUUUGGACAGGACUUACCAUCUGUGUGUUAAUGCAGGCCAUUUUCUUCCUGAUAUAUUUGUACAAACUUGAUUGGAAAAAGGCUGCCGAAGAGGCUAAAAUUAGAGCAGGGGUCCAGGUCACUUUUGAAGACAUGAUCAAGAUGGAAGAUUGCAAGUCAGGUGGACUUGAACACGUGCAAAGAGACGACGCAGACUCAAAAACCAACCAGGCCCCGGUUCUUGCCAGUACACCCAGGUUUGAGAGCGCUGCACAGGACCAAGACAUUCCAGACCAGUAUGAAACUGCGACCACCAUCGUCGGAGAUACUCUCACAUUAACGCAGCUGCUUUUACAGCGUGGCUUCGUUUUACUUUCUUUGGUUGUCAUCUUUGUAGCUGGACUCUUGGCCAGUCACUUCCUUGUCAAACUGCUGAAAUGAGUCUUGGGUUGGUUUGUAACUAACCGUCAUCAAGUGAACACUGGAGCAGCCAACAGUGGUGAAAGAGCAAAGUUACUCAUUAGUUGCUCUAAUAUAAAGUAAUCGCUUAUGUCUUGAGUAAAAUCAUCACGAUGAGACCCACUGUCAUAAAUGUACAAAUAAGUAUGUAGAAGCAAUCACUAUGUAUUGUAUCAGGUUCAUUCAGUAAUUACUUAAUAAUGUUAAUUUUGGGCCUUUGAA